CCUAUGUUGAUUGAGCUUGUGAACUCAACAUCUCAUCGGCACCUCGACCGCCAACAUAAACACGACAUUACCGCCAUACCUUCCUCAUCCACUCCCUACAACUGUUCAUCCCGAAGGAAUAGCCAGCGUAUCGCCAUGGCGACCAAGAACGGCUCAGCCUACGCCGCCCCGGCAUCCGACACGUCGUUCCGCAAAGACUGGGACCUCGACGAAUACGCAGCGAAAGCCAAAGCGCGUGAAUCCGAAGAGAAGGAAGAAAGAAAGGCGCGGUACGAAGCCAAGCUCGCCGGCAAGAAAUACUACAAGCCCUCAACAGGCAACGAGAGCCUAACCUCUGCACGUUCGCGCACGACCAACCUUGCGUCACUUGUCGGCACGACACAACUAGUAGGAGCCGGCAACGCAGUGGGCAAGAGGGGCCGCGGUGCCGGAAUCUACUGCGAUGCCUGCGACCUGACAUUCAAGGAUAAUUUACAAUGGGUGGAUCACGUCAACAGCCAGCAGCAUCUGCAAGCGAUUGGGCAGACGGGUUUUGUGAAGAAGGCGAGCGCAGCGGAUGUGCACGAGCGGAUUGAGGCCAUUUGGCAGCAGAUGCAAGAUGAUAAGCGGGCUGCGACGACGAGUUUGCAUGAUAGGAUGGAGAUACAGAAGGUAGAGGAUGAGAAGGAGCGCGAGGCGAAGCGAUUGAAGCGCAAGGCUGCUGAGGAAAAGAGGAGGGUGGAGAUGGAGAAGGAGAAGGCGAUUAAGACGGAGUAUGGUGAGGAUGUGCGGAUAGAGGGUGAGCAUGAUGAGGAUGAUAUGAUGGCCAUGAUGGGGUUCGCUGGUGGAUUUGGAUCGACCAAGAAGUGAGGACUGAUGCGGCUACGGGAUCUGCCGUCAGCAAGGCGCUGGGACGGAAUGACGCCUCGAUGCAACUGUGCGACAGUGUAAGAACAUCCAAUCUAGAAGACCG